AUGGCCGUGGAGCUCAUGACGGGUUACUCAACAACCAACACUUUCACGACCAAAGCCGAGGAAAAUGCCGUCCAGGAAGCCGCCUCCGGACUAGAGAGCGUCGAGAAGCUCAUCAGACUCCUCUCUCAGACCCCCCAACAAUACAACUCCUCCAAUGAAAUCGCCAUGGACUGCAAGGCCGUCGCUGACCUCGCAGUUUCCAAGUUCAGAAACGUCAUUUCGCUCCUCGCCCCAACCCCAACCCCAACCGGCCACGCCCGCUUCCGACGAGCCCCUCUCCCUCCUCCUCCUCCUACCCAACCCUCCCAACCUACCGUCUUCCACGCCACUCCUUUGCAACACAUCCCACCCACCCUCAACCAAAUCCCCAAAACAGACAACACCCUCAACGACCCCUCUUCCAAAACCAUUCAUUUCUCCUACCCCUCCCCCGCCACUUCCUUCAUCUCCUCCCUCACCGCCGACGCCCACACCAAACAACCUUCCUCCUCCUCGCCGCCCCAACCUGCGCCAGGGACUUUCCACAUCUCCACUCUCUCCCACGUCUCGUCCGCGGGGAAGCCUCCGCUCUCCUCCUCCUCCUCUUUCAAGAGGAAGUGCAGCUCUGAGAACUUGGCUUCUGGAAAGUGCGGUAGCUCCUCUAGCCGCUGUCAUUGUUCCAAAAAGAGUAGGAAAAUGAGGUUGAGGAGGGUUGUUAGGGUACCAGCUAUUAGCUUGAAGAUGGCUGAUAUUCCACCAGAUGAUUAUUCCUGGAGGAAGUAUGGACAGAAACCAAUUAAAGGAUCCCCUCAUCCAAGGGGUUACUACAAGUGCAGUAGCGUCAGAGGGUGUCCAGCGCGAAAGCAUGUGGAGCGAGCUUUGGAUGAUCCAGCUAUGCUGGUGGUAACAUACGAGGGGGAGCAUAAUCACACACUCUCUGCGGCUGAUGCUACUAACCUUAUUCUUGAAUCAUCUUGA